AUGCAGAUUCGCGCCUUAUCCGGCGAGCCACUCGGCGUCGAGGUUCUCGGCGCCGACUUACGGACCGCCACCGCCGAGGACGUCGAGCGCAUGGUGGACGCCAUGCACAGGACCGGUCGCGGCGUGCUCGUUGUUCGGGACCAGCACCUGGCCCCGACGGAUUGCGAAAGGGCGUGCGCGAUGCUCGCGCCUCACUUCGUCGCGCAGCAGCCGUACACCCGCUGGCCCGGCCAGUCCAAGCCCAUCCCGGGCUGCCCACACCUCGCGCUGCUGGGUAACUACCGCGCCAGGGAGGAUAACGAGUUCGGCAUGGACGUCGUGAAGGGCGAGGUCAUCGGCGAGUACAAGCCGGCGAAACAAAAUCUCGAGGAGUGGCACACCGACGGGAGCUUCCUGCCGAAUCCGAAGGUGGCCAUCGCGCUGUACGCGCCGCAGCUCGACGACGCGCUCCCACCCGAGGGCGGCGAAACCCGUUUCGCCAGCUGCACCGCCGCGUUCGAAGCCCUCGCCCGGGAGGAACAGGAGAAGCUGCGUGGCCUGUGUUCGGUGCACUCGUGGGAGAAGUUCAUGCGACUGCUCGAGUCCCGCGAUCCGGGUAGGCAGAAGGUGACGGCGGAACAGAUCGCGGAGAAGCCCCCGCAGCUCUGGCCGGUGGUCAGGACGCACCCGGUGACAAAGGCGGAGUCGCUGUACAUCAACCCGAAAAACACGGCCGCGGUGGUGAACAAAGCCACCGGCGAACCCAUCCCGGAGGAGGACGCCCGGAGACUGGUCGAUCGACUCGCCGAGGCGGUGGUUGGCGACGGGCUGCCCGGUAACUCGAAGGUUUACGCGCACACGUGGAAGAGAGGGGAUUUUGUCAUAUGGGACAACAGGGUGCUGCUGCACGCCGCGUCGCCGUUCGACGCGGAGAAGUACCAGCGUCUGCUGUUCCGGAUGGAAUUCAAGGGGGAGCCCGUGCUCGGGCCGUCGACGCCGUGA